CGUGUCUCUGAAGUCAAGUGAAGUCAUCUCAUAGAGGGAUCCAAACGCAAUUAUCGCAAUGACAGAAUCUCCGAAAUUGUGGCCACUCAAUAUGACGCCUAUCAUGACGUCCUUAUCGUUGGCGCUGGUGUUUAUCGUAUCGUACGCGUGCUUUCUAGCCAUUUAUCGCCUCUAUUUCCAUCCUCUCGCCCACUUCCCCGGUUCCAAAUUGGCUGCGGUGACGAAUUUCUACGAAUUCUACUACGAUGUUAUCAAAAGAGGAAUGUUUGUCUGGGAGAUUAAACGGAUGCACGAUCUCUACGGACCAAUUGUGAGAAUUAAUCCCCACGAAGUUCAUAUACUCGACACUGAAUUCUACGACACAAUCUACGCGCCAGCAUCCAAGCAGAAACGUGACAAAUAUGCCAAAUGGGUGGUUUUUCUAGGGGUUCCAACCGGCGUCUUCGCUACCUGUCCACACGACCAUCAUCGCAUUCGACGUAACGCAUUGAAUCCGUUCUUCUCCAAAAGAUCUAUUUACCAAAUUGAAGGGCUUAUGCAAGAAAAGAUUGAAUAUCUCUGCUCUCGUUUCGAGGAGGCAUCUCUGUCAAAAUCCAUUGUUCGACUUGAUGCAGCACUCAUGGCACUCACGAAUGACAUUAUUAUGCAUUACUGUUAUGGCGAAAGCUAUCAUUAUCUCGAAGAAGCUGAUUUCAAGGUUUCUUUCAAGGAAAUGCUGAUGAGUGCUGUGUCGGCAGGCGGAUUUGUCCGACAUUUCCCAUGGGUGGUCCCAAUAGUCAAAGCAAUACCCAUUCAGGUGCUGCGCUUGCUUAGCGAGAAGGCGGUCGCACUACUAGAGUGGGAACAAAUCAUUGAACGAAAGGUUGGGAAGCUUAUCCAACAGAGAAAGGCUGGAAAAGAUGGUUCUGAGAACUCAGUCUUCCAGUUGUUGCUUGACAGUGACCUACCAAAAGAAGAAAAGUCUCGCCAGCGACUGGUUGAUGAAGGCAAGUCACUUAUGGGCGCUGGAAGUGAGACGACUUCUUGGACUAUUACUCUUAUUAUCUUCUACCUUCUCCAGAAUAGACAUAUGAUGCGGAAACUAAGGGAAGAAUUACAUGACAUGCCUCACGAUGGGCCUGUAUGGCGCUAUCUGGAGCAGAAGUCAUAUCUAAGUGCUGUAGUCAGCGAAGGUAUUCGUGUCAACCACGGGGCUCUAGGCCGUCUACCUCGCAUCGCACAUGAGCCGAUCCAGUAUAAAAACUGGGCUAUCCCGCCUGGGACGCCAUUCAGCUCAACCAACUACUGGGUACACAUGGAUUCUACUGUAUUCUCCGAACCUGAGAAAUUCCAUCCGGAGAGAUGGCUCAAGGCCGAGAAAGAGGGAUUUCCGCUGCAGAGAUAUCUCGUGUCUUUUUCAAAGGGCAGCCGCCAGUGUGUCGGAAUCAACCUUGCAUAUGCCGAAAUAUAUCUCGUCGUAGCGGCAAUUGUAACUCGAUUUGAUCUUGAACUGUACGAAACUACAGUCGAUGAUGUCCUACCCGCUCGCGAGUUCUUUAUCCCAAGGCCAAAAGCAGGAUCAAAGGGGGUAAUGGUGAAAGUCAAAGCUCAUCGACUUUGAUUCUGUGCCAAUAUUCUAUUCACAUCGGAUACACAGAAAAUUGUAUUUCGAAAGGCUAUUUUUUCCCAGUGUAAAUUUGAAUCAAAAUAACAACCAUGAAAGUGUGUAGAAGUGGUUGGCGGCUCAUCGUAGUAAAUGACCAACUGGUUCUCGCAAUCAUUUAACCAGUGCAAUGAAUUCAAGGGGUAGAAAAGCGAGCCACCGAAAACAGU